UAUGUCGGAGAUGAAAGGAAAGCCGAAGCCUUUCCUUGGAAAUUUUGGGAACAUCCUCUAGUACCUUAGCCUAGAUUUUAUUAUAGUUGUAAUUGCUUAAGAUUUGUAAUAAGCGAGAUUGGGUUCGAGGUGACAAUCGGUCGCUGAACGUAGCCACGGUCACGGGAUGGAUGUUUUAUCUAACGGAGGUCUGGAGUGGUUGUAUGUGUUUUCCGAGAAAUGUGGUUGUGGCGGUAUGCGGCCUCGAGAGCGGGCCUAGCCACGUGUGAUGUUGCCUCGGAGGUGCCGAUGCAAUGGGACAUACAUUGUAUUAGUAAUCAAAACUCCAGGCAGAAACUGCCUAGCAACGGCGUUUGGAACUUUCUCGAUGCUUCCAACGAGUGUGCCUAGCAACGGCGUUUGGAACCUUCUCGAUGCUUCCAAACGGGUAUAGAAAACAAAAUGCAAUCGUACAGGGAGAAAAAUCUCCACGAGGCUGGCAUUCUUGCGAUUGCCUUGGAGAGUGAUACAUCGAGCAUUUUCGACGAUCGCAUUUGCGUCUAAAUUAGUUUCGCUUAGUAAGGAGUUAUCCCGGUGACCGUGGAUUCGUUUGAACUCAAACAUUGCUAAUAGUAUUAUUUAAUUUAAUUAUUCGUAGAUCGUAUUAUUCAUUAGGCUUAGUGUUUGUUAGACUUAUUAUUAGUUGUACUUCUUAUUUGUUAAGCUUGGUGAUAGACCUGUAUAUACGUGUAAAUAAAAUCUCGGCUUUGUGAAACGAUGGCUAGUCCACAUGAAGAGUCGUCGCGCGCCCAAAAUUCGAAUCGUGAUCCGACAUAUAUAUAUUUUUACAUUUGUAGUUGCCCAUAAAAUUUAUUAAAGAAAAGUGUUAACAAUGUGUUUUCAUGAUUUGUUUCUCGCGCCUGACUUCCAUUAAUCCCUAAUAUUCCUGUAGCCAUGAUGCGUGUAAAUCCAACAUGGCCGCUCAUAAAUGUCAUCAGUAAAGUUUUUAGUGACGGGUCUUUAGUUUUGUUUGAUAUCGAAAUUCUACUCUUUCGAUGCUGCAUCACUUACCUGGAUCGUUCCCGCAACAUCAUCCGAUUCUUUGAUAUGCCUUGGAUACUUACUACGGCUGCCUUCAAUCGUCUUAUAUCUGUGGUCAUAAAGAUUCUACUCUUUCGAUGCUGCAUCACUUACCUGGAUCGUUCCCGCAACAUCAUCCGAUUCUUUGAUAUGCCUUGGAUACUUACUACGGCUGCCUUCAAUCGUCUUAUAUCUGUGGUCAUAAAGAUUCUACUCUUUCGAUGCUGCAUCACUUACCUGGAUCGUUCCCGCAACAUCAUCCGAUUCUUUGAUAUGCCUUGGAUACUUACUACGGCUGCCUUCAAUCGUCUUAUAUCUGUGGUCAUAAAGGGUUCCGCUAUCUGUGUUGUUCGACGAACAGUGGCAUGCUUCCACAAUAUUGUUGUGACAUUUAGUACUGUUGUAACUUGCAUUAAGGCAGUUGAAGUUAAUUUGUUCAUUUAUUCUUCAGCUGGCUGUUGUACAUGGUGUUCCGCAAACAGGGAGCCAUAACCUAUUUUGCACGUAAACCUUCUUGUAUUAUGAUCACUUGUUCACAAGGUAAUUUUCACUUCCACUCUUUUAAUUAUUUAUUGAAUCAACACGUUGUAUAUUCAAACAAUAAUUGGAGUACACCUGAUAAUUUUCUUUUUUUUUCUUUUAGGUUUUCGCUAUCUGUAUUAUUCGAUGGACAGUGUCACACUUCCUUUUGAUUUAUUCACAAUAUAGUUAUAACACUUAGUAACCUUGCAUUUUGCACUGAGACAAUUGAGACUAAUUUAUUCACUUAUUUUAGGUUGCUGUCAUACGUUAUGUUCCACGAACAACGAUCCAUAACCUAUACUUGCAUGUACACUUCCUUAUUUGUUGAUCACUUGUUCACAAGGUGUUCGAUAUCUGUAUCGACGAACAGCACUACAAUAUACACUACUGCACUACGUUGCCCACUGAAAUCACUUUAUUCAUUGUUUAUUUCGAUUAUGCGCUAGUUUUAGCUUGUUUAAGUGCACCGUUCGCGGAAUCCCUUUUACUUCAAUCUUGACGUUUUGUUCUGCAAGAUUUCUAGCACUUUGUGUCGUCUAAUAUAUUGAUGGGAGAAUUUUCCUUACUAGGUUCUUUUAAUAGAUAUAUCGAGUCUCCUGUUUUAAAAUCUUGAAGGUUGAUUCGUCGAUUGUUGGUCUUAGUUUGGACUUUAUCAAAUUUUCUCUUGCCAUUCGUCGUACAGUGUUAAUUUUAUUGAACAGAUCUUUGAGAUAUUCAGCGCAUGUUGGUUCCGUGUUCUCUUCGAUUGUUACUUCACCAAUAGGUUCUUUGGCUAGAUGUCCGAAACUAAUUCGUGCGGGGAGAAUUUCGUUCCUUUCCUUCAUUUUAGUUUUUAUUUUGCGCCAAGACGCGGGUUUACUGACAUUGAUCCAAUUACCCAAUUGCUUGCUAAUAGCAUUCAAGAUACAAAUUUUUGAAAGUGCCGCAGCCAUGUUAACCCAAAAAUAUUUUGUAUAUAGUAUAGUGUGAUACCAUCUAUAUUUUCCUAGGGAAAUCAUAAGAUCAGCACUACCUACUAUGUUACCUACGUCAAAUAUUAGAUGUAGUAACCAAUAAAGUAUUUUUAAUCCAAUUAUAA